AUGUACAUUAACACACAAGCUCCACUACUGAGCGUACAACCACUGACGCAUCGAUAUACUCCACUUUACACCCUUUACACACUGAUGAUGUCACAUCGAUUGCCAUUGAUGUGGACCGUCUCGGGUUCCCCAUCCAGAAAGACGGCAGUGACCAGCGCAGCUGACUUUGUUGGUAAUGGCCUUCAUACUUCGCUGCCAAGUCAUUGUUUGACCGCCUCUGACUCUCUUCCACCCUUCACAUGGUUGGGCGAAAAGAGCCCUUCGAGGAAGUCGGUCGACUGGCAUACGCAGCACGUGGCCAAGCCAACGCAACCUGUGCAGUGUGAUCAAUUCAUCUAUCGAGGGCAAGUCACGCUGCUUGACUGGUGGGCCAAUCGAUCGACACAACCAAGGUGUGUCACUGGUCGUCGUACGAGGCGUCGGGCGUUCCGCUCACAUCACUUAAGCGCGAACAUGUUCACCUGUUCAGACGUUAGAAACCGGAUGAGUCCAGCGUGCCAUGGUGGGGUAGUGUUAACACGCUCGCAUCGCAUGUCAGAUGGCAUAAGAGCGAGUUGUAUUUUUUGCACGUGUUACUUUGGAAUGAUAUCCGUUAAAGACUGGGAGUGCAUUUGUUUUCGUGCCGCACUCACCCGAUACCUGUUAUUCCAGGUAAAUUUCAUCUUCCUUUUGAUUAAGAGCUACAUUCUGAACACACUGACUUUAAUUCCUGUGUACUGCUUGUUGGAGGCGAGGUGGCCCAAAAGGUCCGUGGUUCGAACCCGACCUCCGCCUCUCGACUUCCCCUGUCUAGGCUUGGGCGACCUGGCAGCAUCCCAGCCCACGUGCAACCUUGGGGUGGGAUGGCAGUUAGGCACCGAAAGGGUGCUACAGCUGAACGAUUUUUACAUUUUUUAUACUGCUUGUUUACACUGUCUGAGCGUUUAUGUCUGUACGUUUGCACGACAUUUCUUACUAGUGCCGGAUGUUUUUUGCUAUGAGAACAUAAGGCAUCGCGCAGACUUAUCACAUUGUUCAAGCGUGCAUAUACUCGGCUGCUUGGACCUGGUGAUUCAGGUGCGUCCAGUGUGCGCUGGUGGAGCUGUGGUAACAGGAUCGCCUCGCACGUCAGAUAUUCAGAGUUCACACCUUGAAACGGCCAACGAUAUGCACAGUGGAUGGGUUCUAAUACGAACGAAGCUCGAAACCAGCGCUCUCCCGGUUUGGUGUGUACUGACCACAAUAAUUGUGCCAGGACAGGAGGAGGACUUUACAGUCUACAAGUCCUGA